UUCACUUGUCCAUAUUGUCAUAUUCGCCCUCGGGAACCCUCAUUCUUUCGCCGCCAGUGCACUGAUCAGCGGGUCUGUCAUAUACUUAAUUAUUGUCCGUACCGGGUUCAGAUUCCAUCAUCAACUUGAAAACUUCAGGAUGUUCAACGGCGUGUCGAUGUUUUUUGUGAUACUGCUACUCGCCCUCCUCACGCCAGUCUCCGCGUCAUUGUACCCCACCCAACCUAUCCAAAACACCGUCUACUACGCUGGACAGACCGCUCUGACGGACUGGAUAGAUGAUGGGACGUAUCCGCCGCUGAACAACAUGGGGGGCAUCACUAUACAGCUAUACUGCGAUUCUGACACGUACCUCGCAACGCUCGCUACGAACGUGAGCCCUGGAGCCAAGUCUUAUCGGUUCGAUAUACCUAGGAGUCUUGUGCAGCUGCAUGGAUGGCUCGAAUUUAGGAUGCUGAUCUCUGCUCCCGCACUUAGCACUCUGCAUUACCUCACGAGUACACCGUACGAUAUGGUCAUCUAUAGCGCGGACUUUGGGAUCGUGGUUCAGGGCGACUCUCUGCCGACACCGACGAAUGCUAGUGCGAGUUCGAGGUCUACGAGCCAGAAUCUGUUCUUUCAGGCGACUCACACACCGUCACCGUCGCUGGCACCUUCUGACUCUGGAACUUCAACAUCAACGCCAGGCAGCGUGAUACCGCCCCUCCGUCCAGGCGACGUCGGGACCAUCGAUCAACCCUCUAGGAACAGCGCGGCGGGCCGCAUCGAUAUCGAGAAACUCAAGUUCCGAGUGGUGUUUAUUCUGUGGCCUGCGUUGUUGGGUGUUACGAUGGCUCUUUAGUCUUGGUGUUUGUAUUUGUGUUUACUUUUUUUUUUGUCUUUUUAUUAUUUCGAUUUUGUGUUUUCAUGUACUUGGUUAAUGCCAGAUAGAAGUGCGAUUCACUGCGAAGGAGGGGUUGAUUAUGU